UUAUGGUGGUGUCCCGUGUCUUUUCUUUUACUGGACUUGUAAAUUUUAAGCGGAGAGUAAUAUUCUUUUGAAAAAAGUAUUGAAGUGAUACAGAAGUUAACUCCGGGUGAUAAACCGAGUGUAAUCGAUCGAACGUGAAUAAAAAUGGCUGCCAAAACAAGCAUAAUUGAUGAGAGUGCCGACGAUGGUGUCCCGGCCGACUUUUGGAAUGAGGUGCUCGACAGUUUUGAUGUUAUGGAUGCUGAAGACGGCAGCGAAGAAGCAAAGCAAGCUGCCGAAGAAGCCGCAAGAAAGAAAAAGGAAGAUGAUCUUGAAAAAGUUAGAAAGUUUAAUGAAGCAUGGAACAUUGCUCCAGCUGCAGAAGAAACGAGAGUUGUCGUGGAAACGAGAACUGAACCGGAACCAGAUUCAAGUAAUACAGUAUCAUUGGAGAAAGAGCCAGAGCCGAUUAAAGAACGAUCAAAAUCACCAGAUUGCUCUAUUAUUAAUAUAGAAAGUGAAGUUAUAACUGUGGAGGAAGAUGCAGCACCAGUUUCGGAGAAUUCUGUGGUUGUUAUUCCGGCAGAAGGCGCACAGAAAGAUCCUAGGUUGAGGCGAUUGGAGGAAAAUAGUCGGAUUCAAAGUCCUGCUAGUCCUACUCAGGAAUCACGAAACAACGUGGAACGUGAGCUGGCACCAUCACAAAAGUAUUAUAGGGAACGUGAAGAACGCCAGCGCGAAGAGCAGAGGCGUAAGGAUCGCGAAGAUUUCGAACGAGCCAGAAGUCGAUUGAGAUCACGUAGCCCGGGGGUAUAUUUACGCCGCUCGUACUCUGACGAAGAGGAUGAUAUUGGUAGACCAACGUUUCGUAGUCGUUCAAGGCGUCGUUCGCGAAGUUAUGAGCGCAAGGACAGACGUUCAAGAAGCCGCAGCAGGAGACGCAGUUCUCGAUCGCGUAGUCGAGCUCAUAGUCGCCGUCGGUCUCGGUCUAGAUCCAGGUCACGAUCCAGAUCACAAUCUCGCCGUCGCACAGCAGAAAAACCGGUGGAAAAUCCUGCAGCAAUGAUGAAUCAAAUGGCAGCAAUGAUGCAAAUGAUGACGGAUCCGAAGACAAUGAUUCAGAUGAACCCGAUGAUGGCGAUGAUGAUGCAGAUGAAUCCCAUGAUGGCAGCGGCCACUGCCGCCGCUCCGAAAGCCUCGGAAGCUUCGACCGGCACAAUUAGCACCGAACAACAGGACAAAAAGGAUGAUAUUACUGCACAGUUAUUCUUGGAAAAUAAAAUAAACCUUUCUGAUUAUCUUGCUUCAACACAUCCCGGCGCUGGUAAGAAACCUGCUCGAGUCAAUCAUAAAGUUGUUCAACACAUAAAGGAAGCGAUAUCGAUUUUAGACAAGCAAGAAACCAAAGUACAAUCGGCACGGUUUCUUUACGUUGCUCCUACAUACCAUACAGAUCUGAAAAAACUGGACAAUCGGUCUCCACUAAUUUGGAACGAUCAGAACGUUUUAUAUGCCUCCACAUGUAAAUCCAAGGACGUGUCUCUUUGCGAACCAUUCCGCAAUGUUAACCAUAAAAUGAAACAGAUGAUUGAGAGGUUGGGUUUAGAUGAAGGCAACAUUUCGCAGCGCUUGGUACAAUAUAAGAAAGCACAAGCUAGCUCUCAAUCGGCUGCAGAUGUCGGUACAAUUCAGGCCAUCACUAUCGUUCCAGUUCGCGGCGGAGCUACAACAAAACGACUAAUUGAUCGUUCAAUACAAACCGACAGCCUGAGUUGUUCGGAAUGCAUUCAACGUCGCAGCAAAACAUAUAUCUCAGUAAACACACAAACGGCGAACCGUGCGCGAAUGAUUGAGAUAAGCGUGCAAACGGAUCGGGAUCGGGACGUCGAAUUGAAUUCAAUGAACGAACUGAACGCAAACCAGGUUAAAAUUCUGAACGAAAUCAUGAAAUACAUGAAAAAACGGCAAGUAUCUGGAACAAUUGAUAACCUUAAGAACAGCUUGGAACGAGACAUUCCGGAAUUACGCAACCAACAUUUGAAUGCCGGUCUUCAUUAUGUGUCGGAAAUCGUGGAGCGUAACGAAAGAAACGCUAACCGUUAUGCCAAUCCGAAUCCGUUGAAUCCAGCUGCUCGCGAAUUAGCUGCUAGACACCCAUUUUUAGCCCGCGAUAGACGUGCUGGGCCACCCAAGCCGGAUGAGAUUGUGCUGACAUCGGUAGUACCCGCUGGAUUCCGAAAAUCACCACCUCGUCGCAGUGGUGGCGGCGGAAACUAUAAUAGCCAUCGUCGUCCAUGGUAGAUUGAGUUUGCCAUUGAAAAACGAAGAAACUUAAACAUUUGGAAACCAGAUCUUCUUGCUUGGUAAUUAAAAGAUUCAAAUAUGUUAUGCAAAAGUAUGUCCUCAAUCGAAAGAAUGCCAGUGUAAUUUUUCGAGAGUUGUGAAAGCUAGAUUUCACGCUUUACAAGCUAGGACGACCUGGACAGUCUCGACUCGUGUUUAUCAUCACAUUUUUAGUUAGAUUGACUAUGCGUUAUCAAAUGACGGCAUGACGGGUUAUUUUUCCUCGAAUCAAAGGAAAAAUAAGGAUAAAUUCUAGUGUGAAACACGUGUCCCGAAUGGCACUGUAACUAAAAUAAGUAUAACGAUUAAGCAGGUAUCAUUUAUUACAGUUCAA